CAGCUAUGGAAGAAAAACUUUCUUCGUUGGUGGAGAUUUCGGGGAAAAUAAAUAAACGGCGACGACGGGAAAAUGCCCGCAAAGAUGAAAAUAGAAGUUUGAGAGAAGCGUUAGCUGAUUCAUCUCAAGAAGCUAAUUUUCAAAAAACUGCUGCAAAUCAUGCGGAAUCACUUUAAGCAUGCGGAAUCAGUUUCGUUUUGUAAAACAGGUGACUCAAUAAAUGAUGACGAAAUGGUCAGUGUCACUGAAUCCCCUCCAAUUUCACCUUUACAAAGUAAGUGCAAGUGAUGAUGGAGACGAUGAAGUAAGUUUAACUUUCCCUGGCAUACAUCAGCACAACUCAAUAAAACUAUGUGCAUCCCUUUUUUGUAUUUGGUGAGCAGCUUUGUAGUGGAGUUAUCAGAAGGCAAGAGAGGGCUAUGGUCCCUUAACUUUUAGUAAAAUAUCUUUGUUAAUGGUUUGAUAACCAAAUUUUCCUACUCAAAACUUCAUGGAAAAGACCAGGUGCAACUGGCUUCUAGUUGAUUUACUGUGCUUUCCACAUAUAUUUCAACACUUUUAGAUUAACACCCAAAUUUUACAAUCCCAACUCUGGCUUUUUCCCAAGUCAGGGAUAUCUUGCCAUGUAUUUUAAGUUUUUUAGAUAACUGUACAGGCGGUGUGUUGUUUAUAUAGACCACCACUAUAGUUCAAAUACAUAAUGAUUGUUUUCAUUUUUAGAAAUAACAUUUUUUCAAAUAGUUUAAAUUGUUAGAUGAAAAUCUAAUGCUGUAAAAGCUCUAUUAAGCCCCUCUCUCUUUUAAGCCCCCUCUCUAUAUUAAGCCCCUCUUCUUAAGCCCCUGAUGUCAAACUGGGUUUUUUGAAGGGUGUGAUGACCAUAAGAUUGUGUGCACCAAAUACGGCCCAUUUAAAUAUUUACUUGUGCACCGUAGAAGUCCGUCAAAAUUUGUUCAUCACCAUCAUCAUCAUCAAAAUUACAUUAAAUGACCCAUUGCGGCCUCAGAAGAUGUCCCAAGGGAUAUCAAUUGAUCCUGGUCAGGAAGAUGAGGACAGUAUUAUAAUAUUGCACUAGGGCAUUUUUAUAACAUUUUUUACAUUGAAGUAUUAAUAAGCCUCCCUUUCUUACAAGCCCCCUUUCUUUUAAGGUUACGGUAAACGUUUUGAACACGAAAAUUGGUUUUUCCUUCCUAAAGGCCAAACGGCUCAAGGAAUCUGGAUAAACUAUAUAUCAUUCGAUGCACAAGAUUAUGGCGUAUCUAGCCAGAUAAAAAUUUUGGCAAAUAAUGUUAAAUGUUAUUUUCCAUGCGAAUUUACUGGUCAAAAAGUGUACCACCUUCAAAAGCUAUUAUGUACCCUUGUGUUUGAGGUAACAAAAUCUGACUUAGACCAGCAGGAAGUGCAGGUCCUAAGCUACCAAAGUGUGUCUCAGAUUUUUUAAAUUCCUCCUCUUCUUGAAACUAUACCCUGUCAAAAAUUGGCAAAUAAUUGUUCCACCCUCCCGCAGCUGUAUUUGGGUAUAAAAGACGGACCAGCAAAAAUAAAAAAAUUUUGAGACACGCUUUGUUUGCCCAACGUCUGCCCUGGCCGUGUGCAAAUUUUCGAGCCAUUCGAUUGGUUCCUUGGGUACAUAAUAGCUUUUUCGUACCUGCAUGUAGAGGAAUUUCGAGUCCGGAGAAAACGGGAUUUUACUGAUCGCACUUGCAAGAUACACUCGUAAACCACAGUGUAAUCCGGGUCAAGUCACUUGAAGAUUUAAGAUCAAUAAGCCUGUUUAAAUAAACACGGCCGUACAUUGGAUAUAUGGAUGUGCCAUGCGAUAUUGUAAAUGAGACAUGCGACCACAACCGCAAAGCAACGAUAAUCGGCUUAACAGGUCAAGAGAUUUUCAGGCCUCAACUAAAAGUUUUGAUAAAGAAAUUAUGGAAACCUUCGGUUACAUGGGAUUUUUUCCACUUUCAAAAUUUCUGUUUGUUUCAAAUUUGGUAUCAUUGUGUGCCUUGAAAGUUCGGCUACUUGAAUGUGAAAAAAUCGAAAAAAUGAUGUUUUCAUCAAGAAAACGUUUACCGUAACCUUAAGCCUCCUUCUAGAACCGGAAAAAUAAAUAAGCCCCCUGGGGGCUUAAUAGAGCUUUUAUGGUAUAUGAAGAAUUUUUCACAAAUUCUGUUACUAGUUGAUGCUUUGUAUAUAAAGCUUGCAUGUGCUUCUAUGAAAUUUAUUCAUAUGUUGUGACACUAUUAUGUUGUUAUUUGCUGCAUUGUAACUCUUUUGAAAGCAAUGUAAUGCCUUAAAUUAGAUGCAAACUCAAGAAUGAGGAGACUUAUAGGGAUGGAAGUAUAGGUAUAAAACAUUUGCUGGCUAUUUCUUAAUUUGUAGGUGGUUAUUUACUUAUUCCAAGAACCCAUUUUCAAUACAAGUCUGUUUACCUUCUUCAUUGUUUCAAAAUAUUAGUAACAAUUAUUAUCAUCUUGUUAGUAUGGGCUACUAUUCAGAAAAGGGUAAUCCAUUCAACACAAGGCCAGCAUGAGAAUUUGUUCAAUCAGCCACAUUUAAUUGUGAAUCUUUCAAUUGAGUUUUGGCAAGUUGACUUAACGAAUGAGGCAGGUCCUGGUAAAGUUUUUAUCAGGGUAAUCUUGGUUUUAGGUAAUCUUUGAACUUGAUCCGGUUGUCAAUUAUGUCCAUGAAUUGGUGCAAAAUGAAGGAAUUUCACCAGCAAAUGAAGAUUACACAGCAUUUUGCCUGUCUGAUAUUGAUGAGAAACAAGGAAAACUGAAGGUAAUAUCCAGAGGUCAUAUUGUAUAAUGGGUGUGAUUUUAGAUAAAUCCUUGAUUUUAUAGAACCCUCUCAACAACUUUCAGAAGGAACUGAGGCUACUUUCUGUGGAGUCAGUACUCUGGAAUUUUCAUGUCCUACAAAUUUCAUAAUGCUUUUCAGAUAAGUGGAACAGAUGCGAUUUACACUUUUAUGCCAUAAUAUAUUAUAGCAUAAAAAAUUAAGGAAAGGUCAAUUAUCAAAAUAACCUCAGCUACCUCAAAUCUCUAGUUAAAUGGCUUCUUGUUGUAAAAGUCUUUAUCUGUUAUUUCAAUCAAAGGUCUUGACAAAGUUAUUGAAAUGGAAAUUUUAAGAAAUCUCAAUCACAAUUGGUUUCUACUAUUUGGCAUACUUUUGCUUAUAACUUCAAAACUGAAACUAAAUUUGACAAAACUUUUAGAGGUUUGUGCAAACCUGCAAUACUAAGAGGUUAUGUAUGGCAUUUUAUUUGACAGUUUGGCUAGCAUACUGGGUUCCUUAAUAUCUUGGGUACUUAAGAAUACUGCAUCUGUUGUUGUUGAAUUGCAAAUGCAUUUCAAAAAUGACGUCUUAAUUUCCAAAAAGUCAAGAAUGGCCUUUUAAUUUUUUCCUUUUGUUUUAUCUGGGUCUAGGUCAGGUCAUUUGUGUUCGUUAUUCGAAAGCCAGUUGAAUUUACAGAUGGUUGGCAAUGGAUUUAUGCUUGUCAGUGCACGCACAAUCAAAUGGAGUUUCUCAGCUCUCUUUCCCAAUCUGUCCCUUUAGAAGCUAGUGAUUUCACUUGCACGCACUGCAUUCAUUUGAAAGCUGCUUCAAAGCUAAUGAUAGACUUUGAUGUAGGAAACAGCUUGGACCCGGAAUCGUAUGCAAACACCUCAGAAGCUCGUCCCAAAGCUGAAUGUCCAGUUUAUCCAAUUCUUGCUAACAAAGAAGCUGUCGUUGUUUGGGACCAAGAAAGGAAUGACUUUGGAGCAGUUGCUGUUGUUCGAGAUCAUCUCUCCUGCUUGAACUGUCCAAAUUCAACUGGAUGCGGACACAUUCGGAUUCUGAAGAGCCUUGAGUCUUCAAUCUUUCUUCCAGAGAAUGCAUCGAGACUGCUAAAAUCUUUGGAAGAUGAAUAUCCUACAGAAGAGGCAAAUAAUGGAAAAGCACUCUCGUAUCAAGCAAUUCCGUUUUGUUAUAGUCCGCUAAACAGCCUCGCUGGAAAAGAAAUCAUGAUUAUGCAGCGUUCCCAAGACAAAUUGGUUUUAAAACCAACGUUGCCCACUGGGAUCCGUUGCAAAUCUUGUGGCAGUUACUGGUCUACGGAAGAUCCUGUCAAAGAAAACUGGCUAUUUCAAAGUGAUGUGCCCGUAUUUAUGGACAUUGGCAUUGUUUCAGCUGAAGGUAAUAAUUGUUUUUAUCCAAUGCUCAACUUUGCAAACUUCAUUGUAUUUGACACAUAGUAU